ACUCAUCACUCUCUAAUUACUCUCUUUGGUUUCUUUCUCGGGCAGUGAAAGAAUUGAAGAAAGGAAGCCUUUCUUGAGAAGAUGACUUCGUCGUCGUCGUGGGAGAUGCAACUAAUGGAAACGGCUAAAGAGGAGUUGGAGAUUCUUCAGUCUCAAUAUCCCAACCGCUUUGCUUACCUCAAAUCUGAUCUUCAAUCUUUCAUUUCUCACCUCCGUGAAGAUCACGCGCCGCCGCGUCCCUCCUCCUCCUCCUCUGUCGUUCUUACUCAAGGUACUCUCAGUUUAUGUGUCUUUUAGUUUGUUCUUGUGUUCCUAUGUACUGAUGCUUAAAUAAGUAAUUUACUCAAAU